CAUAAGUGUAAUUGCCAUAAAUCCUGCACUGGAUUUCAGUUUAACCUAAUCAGGCGUCUGAAUCAGAUACCGAACAGUGAUUACCAGACACCCUUUCUAUCUACAUUAUUUAUAAGGUGACAGGCGUGUGAGGUGCCAGAACGAGGCUCCAUCCUGUGGCUCCGCGGAGCAGCUGUCCUGCUUUCACCAUCCUGCCAACGCUGAAUGCUGCUCAGAGGUGAGAGACCAUGGCUGGCGUGAAAGGCCGCUGUCUGCCACCAGCUCCUGCCUCUUAUCAGUGUACCGUCCCGUGAACAAAGCCCAGCUGUCCCCGCCCCGCCCACGGUGCCCGCCCGCCUGCCCGCCGCUUUGUUCUGCUCCUCAGAGCUGCUCCCUCCCUUCAGGACAUGUUGUGACACCUGGCAGGGGCUCAAAUCUGCCUGAUUCACACCCUGAUUAGCUAGUUGGACCCCCACCAACCUUAUAAAGGGUGUGGUAUUGCACUCUGGAGUGAGAGGAAACCAGAGGCGUCAGAGAGCAGCUCUUCACUGCAGGUUCUCUCCCUGGUCGCGAUUCCAGAAGCCGGUCACCAAUGUGUCGGGGAUUAGCAUCUUUCCCCUCGUCAUGCUUGGAAAAAGCAAAGGGGAUGCGGGUGAAGAUCAGUCACCUGGCUCAGAAGCAUGAGUGGACCCACAAACACAGAGCAUCGGAGGAGAAGGUCCUUCCGGAUCUGGAAACUCUGCUCAGCAACAAGGUGGGCCUACAGGCCUUCCAGUGGUUCUUGCGUUCUGAGUUCAGCGAGGAGAACCUGGAGUUCUGGCUGGCCUGUGAGGACUACAGGAGGUCGGAGCUGAACCAGCUGGAGACCAAGGCCCAGUGCAUCUAUAGUCGGUUCAUCAACUCUGAGGCACGACAAGAGGUAAAUUUGGACUCCGAGACUAGAGAGGCUCUGGUGAGGGUGAUUGAAGAUCCCAGAGCCGACGCCUUCGAUGAAGCCCAACAGAGCAUCUACAGUCUCAUGGUCAAGGACUCCUUCCCCAGGUUCCUGCGUUCAACCCACUGCCAGGAGGUGCUGAAGACUCUGUAA